AUGGACACCAUAGAGACCAAAGCAACUCUAGAUAACAUCCAAACUAUAGGCGAUCGUUUUAUAGAGCUGGACGUUGGAACCGAUCUGUUGGUCCGCUUGUUUGGCGAACUACAUGAUGUUCGAACAGCUAUAGCAGCUAGCCAUAGCCAGACAGAAGGAACUGGUUCCCCAGAUGCAGUCGUAGGUCUGCUGGCCGUUCUACUACGUCAAAUUCUACGUCGUAUAAUACAAGCGUGUCCUCCACUAGCACCUCGGAAAGCCCGCCUUCUGCGUCCAUCUCUGCUGGCCAUUCUACUACGCCCGCCACCAAUUCUGCAAGUCGGCCUUCUACGUCUAGCUCUGCUAGCCCUUCCGCUACGCCUGCCUUAUCCUGCUAGGUAG